GUCGAGAUCGGCAUCUUUCUCUAGGCAUGCUCGGUCACGGGAAUCGACCAGUAGAAAUCUCUCUCAUUGUGCAGCUCGUGGUUCUGAUAUCUUCGGAUAUUCUCUGAUCGUCGACAGAUAUCGGAAUUCACUCUCCGGCGUAUCUAACGGCCACACUUUCAUCCGAAGCUGAGGUACCACUUUCUCGGCCAUGGCUCCUCCUGCCGCGUCGCAGCGAUACCCAUCACCGUCGCAGCCUUCGGGGAAAAGCGAAGUUUCGGAUCUCAAAUCACAGCUUCGGCAGCUAGCUGGAAGCCGAGCACCAGGAGUUGAUGAUUCCAAGCGUGACCUCUUCAAGAAGGUCAUUUCCUACAUGACAAUAGGGAUUGAUGUCUCAUCCGUAUUUGGCGAAAUGGUCAUGUGCUCAGCUACAUCAGACAUUGUCCUGAAAAAGAUGUGUUAUCUUUAUGUUGGGAAUUAUGCUAAGGUUAAUCCUGAUCUUGCCCUUUUGACGAUCAAUUUCCUCCAAAGGGAUUGCAAAGAUCAGGACCCUAUGAUCCGUGGGCUUGCUUUGAGGAGCCUGUGUUCCUUACGAGUGCCGAACCUUGUGGAAUAUCUGGUGGGUCCCUUGGGGAGCGGGCUAAAGGAUAGUAACAGCUAUGUAAGGAUGGUAGCUGUAACUGGAGUACUGAAGCUGUAUCACAUAUCAGCCUCAACAUGCAUUGAUGCUGAUUUUCCUCCAAUGCUGAAACAGUUGAUGCUUCAUGAUUCGGAUUCUCAGGUAGUUGCUAACUGCUUGUCCGCACUGCAAGAAAUCUGGAGCUCAGAAGCUAGCAACUCUGAGGAUGCAUCUAGGGAGAAGGAAUCCUUGCUUAGCAAACCAGUUAUAUAUUAUUUCUUGAAUCGGAUCAGGGAAUUUAAUGAGUGGGCUCAGUGUCUUGUGCUUGAGUUGGCAGUUAAGUAUGUGCCAUCAGAUAGUAGUGAGAUUUUUGACAUUAUGAAUCUGUUGGAAGACAGACUUCAGCAUGCAAAUGGAGCUGUUGUCCUGGCAACAGUCAAAGUAUUUCUACAGUUGACACUGUCCAUGACUGACGUUCAUCAACAGGUAUAUGAGCGUAUUAAGUCUCCGCUUCUGACACUCGUCAGUUCAGGAAGUCCAGAACAAUCUUAUGCAAUUUUGAGCCACCUGCAUCUUUUGGUCAUGCGUGCGCCAUUCGUCUUUGCCUCGGAUUAUAAACAUUUCUACUGCCAAUAUAAUGAACCUUCUUAUGUAAAAAAACUGAAGCUUGAGAUGUUGACUGCUGUCGCAAAUGAAAGCAAUACAUAUGAAAUCGUGACGGAACUCUGUGAGUAUGCUGCAAAUGUUGAUAUUGCAAUUGCAAGGGAGUCGAUUCGGGCGGUUGGGAAGAUUGCUUUACAGCAGUAUGAUGUAAAUGCAAUUGUUGAUAGACUUCUUCAGUUUUUGGAGAUGGAAAAGGACUAUGUGACUGCCGAAGCGUUGGUUCUUGUAAAGGACCUUUUAAGGAAGUAUCCACAGUGGAGCCAUGAUUGUAUUGCUGUUGUUGGGAAUAUCAGCAGCAAAAAUAUUCAGGAACCAAAAGCCAAAGCAGCUCUAAUAUGGAUGUUGGGGGAGUAUUCUCAGGAUAUGAAUGAUGCUCCUUAUAUUUUGGAGAGUUUGAUAGAAAACUGGGAGGAAGAGCAUUCUGCUGAGGUUCGGUUGCACCUCCUAACUGCGGCAAUGAAAUGCUUUUUCAAGAGGGCUCCUGAGACACAGAGAGCACUGGGAGCUGCUCUAGCUGCAGGGAUUGCUGAUUUCCACCAGGAUGUUCAUGAUAGAGCCCUGUUCUACUACCGGCUUUUGCAAUAUGAUGUACACGUUGCGGAACGUGUGGUUAAUCCUCCGAAACAAGCUGUUUCCGUCUUUGCUGACACUCAAAGUAGUGAAAUCAAAGAUCGGAUUUUCGACGAGUUUAACAGCCUGUCCGUGGUCUACCAGAAGCCGUCCUACAUGUUCACAGAUAAGGAACAUCGUGGUCCGUUUGAAUUUUCGGACGAACUUGGAAAUCUCGCCAUCACACCUGAAGCGAGUAACGAAAUUGUUCCAGCCCAUCAGGUCGAUGCAAAUGACAAGGAUCUGCUACUUAGUACCGAUGAGAAGGAAGACACCAUAGGUGCUCAUACCAAUAAUGGUUCUGCUUACACGGCUCCUUCACUCGACAUCUCUUCUAAUGUAACCUCACAAAUGCAAGAGUUGGCUAUCUCUGGGCCCGCUGUCUCGGGCGGCUCUGCCCCUCAAACCAGCUUCGCCAUUGACGAUCUCCUCGGUUUAGGUCUACCUUCAGCUCCUGCGCAGACCCCAUUACCGCCUGCUCUGAAGCUUAACCCUAGAGCUUCUCUUGAUCCAGGCACUUUCCAGCAGAAAUGGCGUCAACUUCCGAUCUCAUUAACACAGGAGUAUUCCAUCAGUCCUCAGGGUAUUGCGGCACUGACUGUUCCGCAAGCACUUAUUCGGCACAUGCAAACUCACUCGAUCCACUGCAUUGCCUCGGGAGGUCAAUCCCCGAACUUCAAAUUCUUCUUUUUUGCACAAAAGGAAUCGGAGCCAUCGAACUACCUCGUGGAGUGUAUCAUCAACUCUUCAACAGGUAAAGCUCAAAUAAAAGUGAAAGCCGACGACCAGAGAUCAUCUCAGGCGUUCGCCUCCCUCUUCGAAUCCGCGCUAUCAAAAUUCAGUACGCCCUGAAUCUUUUUUCAUCUCUAUAUAUCAAUAACGUGCCCAUCUUGCUUGCCAUUAGAUUAUGUACAUUGAUGUACAAUGCUACAGCCGAGAUUUUUUUGUUUUGUUUUGCUGUUACUUGUUCUAGUUGUUGUUAUAUGUAAGAACAUGAGAACUUUUGAGACAUUACUACUAGGGUUUGGAUCCAAUUUUCAAAGGUGAGCCAAUUUGUUGUACCAAAGUCAUGUAAGAGUCUUUUAUGGACCUGAAAUUUUGAGUAA